AAAAAGUUCAGAAAAAAGGAAGAAGACAGCUGCAUGUAACUAGACAGGAUUCAGGAGGGACAUCUACCACAAUAAUCCUGCACCUACGGACGGUUUGCAUCUACACCAUGAGAGCACCAAAAUGGCACAUUUGCCAAAUGGCUGUUAUUUCCUCCCGAUCCUGAUUCGGACCUGAUGCGUGCAUGCCAUGGUCAAACUCUGUCCGGUUUCCCCGCCAUUUUCCUCUCCUUUCCAAUCCAACGCCAGAGGUGUGGAACACGCAGCACGAGCACCACCAAAUCUCGACGUACCGGAACUGCGAUUACGCCAAAUCGAGGAAAAACCGGAGAACACCCCGGCAUGGCUCCGCUCCUGCGGCUGCUGGCCGGCGCGGCCACGCUACUGCUCACCGUGUCGCCGGCGUCAGCCGGGAGCUCCGCCGUGGACGUCGGCGUGAACUGGGGCUCGCAGAUGACGCACCCGCUGGUGCCCUCGUCGGUGGUGAAGAUGCUGAAGGACAACGGGAUCAUGAAGGUGAAGCUGUUCGACGCGGACUCUUGGCCCGUCGACGCGCUCCUUGACUCCGGCAUUGAGGUCAUGCUAGGCAUCCCCAACGACAUGCUGGACACGAUGACCAGCUACGGCAAUGCCGAGGAUUGGGUCAAUGAGAACGUCACCAGCUACGGCGACAAGCUCAACCUCAAGUAUGUUGCCGUGGGGAACGAGCCGUUCCUCAAGGCUUACAACGGCACAUUCAUGAAAACGACCGUCCCGGCGCUCAAGAACAUCCAGAAGGCGCUCGACAAUGCCGGUGUCGGCGACAAGGUGAAGGCGACGGUCCCGCUGAACGCGGACGUGUACGUCUCCCCGGACGACAAGCCGUCCUCCGGCCAGUUCCGGCCCGACAUCAACGACCUCAUGACCGACAUGGUCAAGUUCCUGCACGACCACGGCUCGCCCUUCGUCGUCAACAUCUACCCAUUCCUCAGCCUGUACCAGAGCGACAACUUCCCCUUCGAGUUCGCCUUCUUCGACGGCGGCCGCAGCAUCCAGGACAACGGCGGGGUCAGCUACUCCAACGUGUUCGACGCCAACUACGACACGCUCGUGAGCGCGCUCAAGAAGGCCGGCGUGCCGAACCUGAAGGUGGUCGUGGGCGAGGUGGGCUGGCCAACCGACGGCAACAAGAACGGCAACGCGAAGCUGGCCAGGCGGUUCUAUGACGGCCUCAUGAAGAAGCUGGCGAAGAACGAAGGCACCCACCUCCGGUCGGGCAAGAUGGACGUGUACCUCUUCGGCCUGUUCGACGAGGACAUGAAGAGCAUCGCCCCGGGGCCCUUCGAGCGGCACUGGGGGAUCCUGACCUACGACGGCAAGCCCAAGUUCCCCAUGGACCUCUCCGGGCAGGGGAACGACAAGUUGCUGGUGGGCGUGUCCGGCGUGGAGUACCUGCCCAAGCAGUGGUGCGUGUUCGACGACGAAGCCCAGGACAAGUCGAAGCUUCCGGGGAACAUCCAGUACGCGUGCGCCAGCGGCGACUGCACGGCGCUCGGCUACGGGUGCUCCUGCAACGGGCUCGACGAGAACAGCAACAUCUCCUACGCCUUCAACAUGUACUUCCAGAUGCAGGACCAGGACGUGCGCGCCUGCGACUUCGACGGCCUCGCCAAGAUCAGCGACAAGAACGCCUCCACCAAGGGCUGCCUGUUCCCGGUCCAGAUCAUCAGCGCUGGCGGGAGAGCGGCGCCGGCGAUGUGGUGGGCCACGUUGCUGGCCUCGUUUGUGCAUAUUGUCGCGAUGAGUUUUGUCAUGUAGAAGGGAUUAAGAACUUCAUAUCGGGAAUACAAAUGUGUUGUGACCGAAUACAAACGCAACAUGAGUUUCUCUUCGA